AAUAAUAAAAGUUACAAUUAAAAAUAUAUAAAAAUGACAUUUCUUACAAAGUUGUCAAUAUGGAAAGGAUUAAUACAAAGAUCACUUUUACCAAUAAAUCAAACAAUAAUAAUAUCAAAUUUCGAUAUCCAUACGUCAAAAUAUUCCUUUCUUGGUGAAUAUGAAAUGGAAGAUCCAAAAUCAGAAGCUGAUAUUGUAAAUGUUACUUUUAUUAAUAAAGUGGGAAAAAGAAUACCUGUAAAAGGAAAAGUGGGAGAUAAUAUAUUAUAUUUAGCUCAUAGAUAUGGAAUUGAAAUGGAAGGUGCUUGUGAAGCAUCUCUUGCUUGUACCACUUGUCAUGUAUAUGUACAUCAAGAUUAUAUAGAUAAACUCCCAAUACCUGAAGAAAAAGAAGAGGAUCUUUUAGAUUUAGCUCCUUUUUUAAGAGAAAAUUCAAGAUUAGGUUGUCAAAUUAUAUUAACAAAAGAAUUAGAUGGCAUAGAAUUGGAACUACCUCAAGCAACAAGAAAUUUUUAUGUAGAUGGUCAUACACCAACUCCACAUUAAUAUAAAAUAAUAAUAUAAAUUAAUAAUAGAUUUUAUUUGUAUCUUAUAUUUAAAUUAAUAUGUAUAUAUUCUAUCUUCUAUAUUCUAUAUUCUAUAUAUAAUAUAAUUAAUAUAAUUAUAAACUUUUACUUUAUUAUGUAUAAAAUUUAAAUGUAAUAUAAAUUAAAUAUUA